CUCGUUUUUGCGUCUUGUUCUUCGAGUUGUGCGGAUGUGUGCGUGGCGUGCCUCUUUUCAGCUUUAAAUAACAAAAUAAGCAACCUUUAAUGUGAUCGUGCAGUGUCAAGUGCCGUAGGAAAAGCGCAAAACCAAGAGAAAUAUAUAAAUGUCCGUUUAAUCAAAUGCAAUAAAUUCAUACAAUUUUCUCUUCUCCCUUUUAUAUUAGUCUAUGUUUUGUGCAUUACGAGAGCGAGCGAGUGUAUAAAAAAACGCGUGUGCUCCCAUAGUGAUUGUAUUGACUUGUACUUGUGUGUGUGAGAGAAACAACUGGAGGAUCGGCCGACCGACAUUUGGAAAAGCAGACGGCACAUCUAUUGAUAAGAACGAGAGCAAUCAUUUACAUUUUGAGCAUUUAAACUGAAAACUAGAGGAAAAUAAAAGGAAGGAAGCAAACAUGACCGAAGUCGAGCAACCGCCACAGAAUGGCAUAGACCCAACCGCCGGCGAUCACGACGAGGACAGGGCGCGUCCCGCGGACAUUGAACAGGAUAUGCGCGAAAUGGAGCGUCGCAAACGCGUCGAGGCCAUCAUGGGCUCGAGGCUGUUCCGCGAGGAAUUGGAACGCAUCGUCGAUUCGGCCCGUGAGGGUAAUGGCGGGGCCAGCGGAAUACUGCAGCAGCUGUCGGACAUUGUGGGCGUGCCGGUGAGCCGAGUGGGCAGUGUUUUCAAGAGCAGCAGCUGCAUGGUGCCUAUCAACGACAUACGCGGCGUGGAAUCCAUGGGCUAUGCCAAGGGCGAGAAAAUUCUCCGCUGCAAACUGGCUGCAACAUUCCGUCUGCUGGAUUUGUACGGCUGGACACAGGGUCUGGGGGCACAGAUCACCGCACGCCUAAAGGUUGACCAGGAGUACUUCUUGGUUAAUCCGUACGGCCUGCUCUACCAUGAAGUCACUGCCUCGGCGCUAAACAAGGUGGAUAUGCAGGGUCAGAUUGUGGAGCAGGGCACCACUAACUUUGGCGUAAACAAGAGCCACUUUGUUCUUCACUCGGUGGUACAUGCUGCACGUCCCGACAUUCGAUGCGCCAUCUACGUUGGCUGCAGUCCGGUUGUGGCCAUUUCUUCGCUGAAGACCGGCCUGCUGCCGCUCACCAGGGAUGCCUGUGUGUUGGGCGAGAUCACCACGCACGCGUACACGGGUCUGCUCGAUGAGGAGGAGCGCAAUCGCCUUGUCCGCAGCCUGGGGCCGAACUCUAAGGUCAUACUGUUGGCCAAUCACGGCGCCCUUUGUUGCGGCGAGACCAUCGAAGAGGCUUUCUUUGCCGCGUGCCACAUUGUGCAGGCGUGCGAGACACAGCUGAAGCUGCUGCCAGUAGGUGUGGACAACUUGGUAUUGAUUCCGGAGGAGACGCGCAAGAUAAUCUACGAUCAGUCACGCCGGCCCCCAGAGGACUUGGAGAAGAAGUUUGCCGCCGUCACGGCUGCCGAGGAUGGAGGUGCCACUGCCAAGGAGCCUGCUGUCGCCGAACAGGCUGCACCCACUCCCAAAAUAGGCAGCCCGCCCAAGUGGCGUGUUGGGGGAGCCGAUUUCGAGGCCCUUAUGCGCAUGCUAGACAAUGCUGGCUAUCGCACAGGCUACAUCUACCGCCAUCCCCUGAUUAAAUCGGAUCCCCCCAAGCCCAAGAACGACGUGGAGCUGCCACCGGCCGUGUCUUCUCUGGGUUAUCUGCUCGAAGAGGAGGAGCUCUUUAGACAGGGCAUCUGGAAGAAGGGAGAUCUGCGCAAAGGAGGCGACCGCAGUCGCUGGCUAAACUCACCGAAUGUGUAUCAGAAGGUCGAAGUCCUGGAGACUGGCACCCCAGAUCCCAAGAAAAUCACAAAGUGGGUUGCUGAGGGCUCACCCACCCAUUCGACGCCCGUGAGGAUCGAAGAUCCCCUGCAGUUUGUGCCAUGUGGAACGAAUACCAAGGAGUUUAAGCGCGUGCAACAGCAAAUCAAGGAUAACCGACGUGCAGAUAAAAUCUCAGCUGGACCACAGUCUCACAUACUGGAGGGAGUGACCUGGGACGAAGCGAACCGCAUCAAAGAUGCCACUGUCUCGCAGGCCGGUGAUCAUGUGGUGCUAAUGGGAGCCGCCUCCAAGGGCAUCAUUCAGCGCGGCUUCCAGCACAAUGCGACUGUCUACAAGGCGCCCUAUGCAAAGAAUCCCUUCGACAAUGUGACCGACGAUGAACUGAAUGAGUACAAGCGGACGGUUGAGCGCAAGAAGAAGAGCAUUCACGGGGAAUAUACCGAUACGGACUUUUCCGAAUCAGAGGCUCUUAAUUCGAUGCAGGCAGCGGGAGCUUUAGCUCAUGCAAAACAUGCACAGAGCGAACCCGAGACGGAACACCAAAUCAUACAGAUUCAAACGCAACAGGCGCCCAUUCCCAGCCAAGCGGAAGUUGUUUUAAGCGAUGGUUUGCAAGUCCAUGAGAAGUCGUCCAUGGGUGAGGAGACACCCCAAAGUGCAGAUGCGAACAACAACGAGCAUGAGGUGGACAAGGAGAAUCACCAACUUCCGAAUAGAAGCGUUUCCUCGAAUAGCAAGUGUCGUCGCGAUCUAUUCCCAGCCACAAAAAGCGAUCCUCCUGCGAUUGAAUUAGAUAUGGGGUCGGUUUCUGGGUCUGGGACUUGGUCUAGGCUUGGCGACUUGGCCCAGCACUUGGUUCCUGCCCAGCAGGGGCAGGACCAGCUUUAUUCCUAUGUCUAUGCGGCAGCAGCUGCCGCCUCCUUGGCGCAAUGCACUCAGCCGGAGAUUUGCUCGGCCCUGCUGAGGACCCUUCAUGCCGAGCAAUUGGUAAAUCUGGCAACCUGCUAUCGCUGUUCGAAUGGCACUCCCAGUACGGGAACCGGCACGGGAACGAGCACAGGUUCGAACAACACCGCCCGGCGCCAACUUGAGCCGGUCCACGGCAACCUGAAUCCCCCACCGUACCGCACUCUCUCGCAUUUUGGAUUUCAGUCGCCCCGGCAGAUACCGGUCCAGUGUCACAAGCACCUGCCCAGCCAGCGUGACGGUUUCGCAGCGCUGGGCUACCGGCCCAUGCAGCGCGCCAUCAGCUACGAGGAAAUCUUCGCUAGUCCCCGCUACGAGCAGCUCUGUCAGCCCUGCAUCGACCAGCUGCUGCGCCUCAAGCCGGAACUGCAGCGCCUCCGUGCACCCACCAUUUCCUGCUGCGAGGAAGAGCUGGUUAGCUUGGCCAGCAGCUCUAUCACGCCCAAGCAGCGAAGGCUGGCACCACUGCCCGAGAUCCCGCAGCAAGAUGCUAGCACGCAGACUCUGCUCCAGUCCCCCCCACACUUUCUAAGCGAAAUCGAACGCUUCAACUUCUCCGAGGAGUCAACGAAUGUAGGAUUUACGCAGGGUGUGGCUACCAUCACUAGUGAGUUUAGUUUCCCAGGGAUGGAGGGCAGUCCGGCCGCCAGUGCGACGAGUGCACCGCCAGCCAGAGUGUAUCCCGCAAAGGAGCCCGGAACGGCAACGGAAACUAACAUAACGGAGGUGUGGAAUUUUGGUAACUGGCAGGAGUCGGCAGAGCAGAAUCCAACGGUUGCUACUGAUGGGCAGGUGAAGUCUCGCCAACAGCCGCUCACCGAGCGUCGGAUUACGCUGGAGAUCACGCAGCACUUCGAGCAACCUGAAGAGGAGCAAGAACAGGAGCACGAACAAGAGCAGGAGCAGGGCCGCCAGCUAAUGACACGCGAUGAGCGGCGGCGCCGCAAGUCUGAAUUCCAAGAGCUCUGGCAGGAUCACGUCCAGUACUUUGGAGACAAGGAGAAGGUGCAACAGAAGCCGCCGUCUAAAUCAGAGAACCCCCUGAAAAUGAGCCUGGAUGAGGAGGAGGUAAGGGCUUUGCGUGCGAACGGCUGGCCAGGCCAUGAGGGGCAACCAGAGGCUGAAGAGAAUGAAGCCGCGAUCGCUGAAGUCGAUAUGUCACUCCUUUCCCCCACGCUGAUCGACAGGGAUCCUCCCAAUACGGCCGAUGAACUGCCACAGAUCCUGCAAGAUUGCGAGGAGAGCCUCAGCCUGGCUGUAGAAAACUUGCAGAAACUGGUGGCAACUACCCAAAAUCUGCAAUCCCUGCAGGUGGAGGAUAAUGAAGAGCCAGAAACUGGUGCCCUCUUCCGUUCGAUCAGCUUGGAGAACAUUCCCAAUGCGAACGACUCGGUGUGCCUGGUGGAAAUGGUGUCGGAGCUAGGCAUGGACCUGAGCGACUCAUCAAACCAGUCAUCAAACGAGUCCAUCAAAAACUUUGAAGAGAAGCAUGACGAUGAGAAGCCCGUCACACCCGUUCCGAAGGACCCGGAGGAGGCUACGGAAAAGGAGAAGGUCCAGAUAGAACGCAACGAUGAGAAGGAUGUCGAUGAAAAUGAAUUUAAAAAUGAGGAGGAGAACGAAAUCGAAGGCCUCGCCAGUAGCUUUCAAUCGGCAGAAGCGACUGAGACAGAGCCCUUCCAUGGAUCGGAGAUCCCUAUCAGAUACCAAGCGCCACAGGACAGCGAGACCUUCUCACCGCUGGAGCUGGAAAUUCUGGAGCGCAUCGAAGUGGACAAACUCAGCGAGAGCGAGCCCAUUUUUGGCAAAAUUGAUCACAGCAUUCGCAACAAGCUAACGCCCCAGAAGCUGCAGCAUCUUGUACGUGAGGAAAUAUUCCACACCUGCACGCGAGUCUUCACCUGUCCGAGUCCGAUCUCACCCAGCACAACCUCUGCCUUGUCAAUUCACAACAUCACUGCUCCGGGUAGUUACACGGCCCAUACGCACCUCGUGACGCGACCCUCUCCUAGAUUAUCGCAGUCCUUGUCGAAUCCCCAGAAGCAGCAGCAGCUGGAUGAUGAUGCUGAGCAGUCGGAGGAGAGGGAAACCCAAUGCAGUAACCAUCUGAAGCGUACCAUUUCCUCCACGACCUUCGUGUGCCGUCGCGGUACCCACAGGAAGCGCAAUUUCAUCCAGGAGAACAUUCGCAAUGUCGGCAAGACGAGAUCGGUCACAAAGCCCUCCACCAGUUCGAUCAAAAAGCCGAGGAAUCUCUCCCAGCCCACUAGCACUGCUAGUUUGUCAUCCGUGUGCACCUUUGAGAUCGGGCAGAAGGACAACGGGUCGCGUCUUUGGGUGUCUGUACCCACGCCACCGCGUGCAGCCGUUACCCAGAAGCGGAAUGCUGCCACCAGUCCAAGCGCUAACUGCCAUUUGCCACGUAGUCCGUAUUCGCCACAAGUCAAGCGACGCAAGCCGGGUCUUUUUCUCACGCCUGUGAGGCGUUGUGCCAUGAAUCCUGCCCCAAACAUUAGUCGGACCUCCUCCGAGACAUCACUGAACUACUCGUUGGACCGCUCCCUUUCGAGCAGCACGUUCUGUUUGCCACGAGAGGGAGACCCCGAGGCGGAUAAUGUUUCCACGACCACAUUUGAGGUUGACUACAGUCAGGAUCAGGAGCCACCGAAUGCCUCCCAUCAAAAUGUAUCUGCAGCAGCAAUGGGAGGAGACAGUAGGAAUGCCACCACAAGUACAAUGUACUACAGUGCCAGUGACAGCACCCAGGAUCAGAAAUCGGGACGAUCGGUCGAUAACGGGGGGGAAACAUUCUUGACAAGCGAUGAUGCAACGGAAGAUGAGGCCACCAAUGAUAUUUCGGACAAUGGAGACGCAGAUUCGACCCAUGAACAAAGUGUAGAGAAGAGUUCCUCCCAAGUGAAAGAAGCAGAUACUGAGACAUCUUGCAAGAGCUCUGAGGGAAUGCCUUCAAUUAAAGUCGAGGCUUCAGUGGAUAAUGCUCAGACAACUCAAGAUACUACGGAAGAAGAUUCCUCCUCGCUGGAUGGUCAAUCAAAUAUGGAAGACAGCCCUCUGGACGCCGAAUCGAAUGUUAGUAGCUCUACUUCAUUCAAAAGUGUCCUCGAAAUGUCCACGCAAAGUGGAGACAGAAACUCUGAACAAACUCCAAUGGCAAAUCAGUCUGAGGGCUCCGAUAAAGGGAGAGACGAAACGAACGGCUUUGGCGACACCUUUACUAAGAUAACUUCCGUUGAAGGAGAAAGAGAAUCCAGCGUAGUCGAGGGAGAGCUAAGACCGAUUGAAGCUGACUCCAUGGAGGAAUCCAUUGAGAAUUAUCACACGGCUGCUGAGACAAUUAUCCCAGAAUCUGGAAGGGAUGACGAAAAACCAGAUUCCUCAAAGGAAAGCAACAGUCGCGCCAUUGGUGGACUUGGCACUGUCGCCUCUGAUGAUGAGGAUGAUGAGAAAGUUGUCCUCUCGACGAGUUGCACUCUACAGGGCAUGCAAAUCCAUGUGUGGGAUGAGAAGGAAGCGGAUAUGAUGAGAAAUGAUGAAGACUACGACAAAUGAAUCAAUGUAACUCAA